AUGCCUCAGCCGAAGUACCGCAAGAUUGCUGUGAUCGGUUACAGAUCAGUAGGAAAGUCCUCUCUCACAAUUCAGUUUGUGGAAGGGCAGUUUGUUGACUCCUAUGACCCCACAAUUGAAAACACCUUCAAUAAAAUGGUCAGCGUCAAUUGUCAAGACUUCAAUCUUCAGCUGGUUGACACAGCUGGACAAGAUGAAUACUCAAUUUUUCCACAGUCCCACUCAAUGGACAUCCACGGCUAUGUCCUUGUUUAUUCAGUGACAUCCAUGAAAAGUUUCGAGGUCGUUCAGGUUCUACACGACAAGCUGCUAGAUAUGGUUGGAAAGAUUCAAGUUCCAACUGUUCUUGUUGGGAACAAAAAAGAUCUCCACAUGGAAAGGGUCAUAAAACCUGAGGAAGGAAAGAAGCUUGCUGAUUCCUGGGGCGCUGCUUUCAUGGAGUCCUCAGCCAAGGAGAAUGAGACCGCUGUGGAGGUUUUCAAGAGAAUCAUAUUGGAGAUGGAGAAAGCUGACGGGAAUGCCCCGCCGGAGGAGAAGAAGUGUGCCAUGAUGUAA